AGCAACCGUAACACAGAACCGAAGCUCCUCCGAACUUCGAAGUCAAACCCACAACCACUCACUUUAAUGCUUCACUUUUUCAACGAUUUUACGAACUUCCCAUCUUCAAUUCCAAACCCUUUUCGUUUCCUUCUCCAAAAUGAACUAGCAAUGGAGGAUCCAUACACCAACUCAGUCAACCCUGAAGAGCACGCGCCAGAACCAUUCGUGGGGAUGGAAUUCGAGUCAGAAGAAGCGGCAAAGGAGUUCUACGGUGAGUAUGCGAGGCGUGUUGGGUUCGUAAUGCGAAUAGAUCAGUGCCGUCGAUCAGAGGUUGAUAAAAAGAUACUAUCUCGAAGGCUUUCGUGUAACAAACAAGGGUUUUAUGUAAAAGCAAGAGAGGUUUUUGGACCGGUGAGGAAACCGAGAAGUAGUACGAGAGAAGGUUGCAAAGCUAUGAUGUUGGUUAAGUUUGAUAAAUCUGGGAAAUGGGUAGUUACCAGAUUUGUCAAAGAUCAUACUCAUCCUCUUGUUGUUUCUUCAAUCCCUCCUUCUAAUAAUAUGGAUAUUAAAGAUAGGAGGAUUCAGGAACUCACUAUGGAGCUGGAGCAUCAAGAUCAAUUAUGUGAAUUAUAUCGGGGCAUGCUAAUCGGGUUCUUGAAUAAUGUUGAUGAGCAAACAGAACUUUUAUCAAGGAAAGUUGAAGUAGUUGUUAAUAGUGUAAAAGAAUUCGAGAACAAUGUUCAAAGACUUACUCAAAAUCAAUAGUCCGGCUGUUAGCAUGUGAGAACCUAUGCUCUAUAUAUUAUGAUGAUUGUAGCCGGUUGAAGCUUGACUUGAGCUUAUUGAUAAAAAGUUAAAUGCUCUAGCAUAAAGUUGAGCUUGUGUCACACAAGUGAUGAGGUAUCCCAGCACAAGGCUGAAACCUCCAUACUGUCAAUGUAAAGAAGUUAGGGUUGAGUCAUCUUGUUGUUCCUGGGCUUGUUUCGGAGACGAGCUUUGUACAAAAAAUUGUUUAUAUGAGUAUUAACAGAAUCUGAUGUGAAGGUAUAUUCUAGGACUGUAGUUGUUGGCAGUCUUCCACGGAUUUGAAUUUCCAUCUUUUCAUGUACCUCAGUUGAAUUUUUAUUUUCCACUGGUUAGUCAGUCAUUA